AUAUAUAUAUAUAUAUAUAUGUAUAUAUAUGAAUUGUGCCUGUCCCUGCUGCAGACUCCUUCAUAUUGUCAUUCUGUAAUGUGAUCUUGUCUGUAUUCUUAUUUUCUGAAUUGACAAUCUAACCCACCCUGUAUGUGUCUGUUUCUGUACCGUUAUGAACCGGGUCAGCCAGGGUACGACCAGUCCAGGUCUUUGAAAACCCGGAAUGGAUUAAACCGGACCGCAUUGAGUGAGUCAAGUGCAGUCAUUGAGAUGGGAAGUAGAGCGACUUGACUUCCAAAAUAAAUAAAAAGAACGCCGAGAGAGGAAGGGGGGGAAAGGAUAAGUUCAGGACCGCCAAUCGGUAAAUACAACCAAAUCCCUUAAUUUUGCACCUUUUAAACAAAUAAUGUACCCAUUAAUAAUAAUAUGAUUAUGGUGCAUUUAAUGGGACUUCUUAAUUAAUAUAAUAAUAUAAAUACUGUAGUUUUAAUAAAUUAGCUGCACAAUUUCAGACUUUUUAAGGGAUAAAAAAACACAUUGACCCUAUACAAACAAAUAGCCUAUCCUAGUUAAGAUAUUAAAGGGCCUUCAUAUUCCUAUUUAGUGAACAUUUUAAGGGAAAUACAUAAUGUAUUAUGGGGCAAAUCAAAACUGCAACCAAAAAAUGUUAAUAAGCUCGGAGAAGUUGGCCUAUUGCUUGUACUUUUUGAUUCAAAAGGCCAAAUGUCAAAGUACCUGUUAUACUAAGCAUGUGAAACAAAGUCACAUUUUGAUCUAAAGAAAUCGACUACUAGGCCUACUACUAACUAUAAAAACCUAAACCAGAAACAUUGUCUUGUCUCUAUUAUCUAUCUCUAUCUAACUAGACGUUGGUUGGAGAUUUGGUAAAAUUGGUUUAAAAAAAACAGUUAUAUUAAUCUUGUAAAACAAAGUAGCUUUUGACAUCCAAAAAAAUAAAAAUAAAGCUCAACCCAAACCGGAAAUGCAGUCUUGGUUUUGUAACUUGACGUCGGUCUGACGUUACCAGGCGAGCUGCAGACUGUCGGUCUGAGCUGACGGCGGAUCUAACGGAAGUCUUAUGGCGUUUUUAGUGAGUUAACGCUAUCUCAAAACGGUGUGUAGUUUUAUUGUCAUCAUAUAGGCUAUUUAAUAGCAUAUAAUUAUUAUAGUUCGGUUAGCCCCGGGCUAUCUAAGGAGGCACCCUGGAAGAACCCAGAGAACCGCGGAUAUCUACGCGGCAUGGAUGCUUCGUGACCAGCGGCAUGUGUGAAGAGAUGCCGGGGGAGCAUCCACCUUCGGGACCUGGACAGGUGGUGCUGGUCAAGAAGAUCAUCAUGAAGGACGGAGAAGCGGGUAUGGGCAGGCCCACUGUGUAUCAUGCGGUGGUGGUGAUCUUCCUGGAGUUUUUCGCCUGGGGAUUACUUACAACGCCCAUGCUCACUGUUUUACAUGAAACAUUUCCCCAGCACACAUUCUUGAUGAACGGCCUAAUUCAGGGUGUGAAGGGACUGCUGUCAUUCAUGUCUGCUCCUCUGAUUGGUGCCUUGUCGGAUGUGUGGGGCAGACGGACCUUCCUGUUGGUCACCGUCUUCUUCACCUGCGCUCCAAUCCCUCUGAUGAGGCUCAGUCCAUGGUGGUACUUCGCCAUGAUCUCCAUGUCUGGAGCUUUCUCUGUCACCUUCUCAGUCAUUUUUGCCUACGUUGCUGAUGUGACGGAUGAAAGAGAGAGGAGUACAGCCUAUGGUCUGGUAUCUGCUACUUUCGCAGCCAGCCUGGUAACAAGUCCAGCCAUUGGAGCAUAUCUGUCAGCUUGGUACGGAGACAACCUGGUGGUUUUGGUGGCCACACUGAUUGCUCUGGCUGACAUCUGUUUCAUCCUAUUGGCUGUGCCUGAGUCUCUGCCGGACAAGAUGAGACUCAACACUUGGGGGGCGCCCAUAUCCUGGGAGCAGGCUGACCCCUUCACUUCUCUGCGGAAGGUGGGUCAGGACCCAACAGUCUUACUGAUCUGCAUCACUGUGUUCCUGUCUUACCUGCCGGAGGCCGGACAGUACUCCAGCUUUUUCCUCUACCUGAGACAGGUGAUAAAUUUUUCCUCCACGACCAUUGCUGUUUUUAUUGGAGUGGUGGGCAUUUUGUCCAUCAUAGCACAGACUCUCUUGCUCACACUGUUGAUGAGGACUCUGGGUAACAAGAACACUGUCCUGUUGGGUUUGGGCUUCCAGAUCCUUCAGCUGGCCUGGUACGGCUUGGGAUCAGAGCCAUGGAUGAUGUGGGCAGCUGGUGCUGUAGCAGCGAUGUCCUCCAUUACCUUCCCAGCUGUUUCUGCUCUGGUGUCACAGUCUGCUGAUCCUGAUAAACAAGGUGUGGUCCAGGGGAUGAUCACAGGAAUCAGAGGUCUGUGUAAUGGUCUGGGUCCAGCUUUGUACGGAUUCAUCUUUUUCCUCUUCAACGUCGAGCUCAACACCAUGGACCCCAUCCAAGGAGAAUUCAACAUCGACCCCCUGCCUCGGCAAAGUCCCACUGAGCGCGGCCUCAUCCCUGGCCCGCCCUUCCUAUUGGGGGCAUGUAGCGUGGUCGUCGCCUUCCUCGUCGCUCUCUUUAUCCCCGAGAAACCUUCCUGCUCCUCCUCUCCCUCCCAGCUGUCCCUCAGCGACAAGCCCCAUCUGGAUAGCAAGGAGACAAUGUCCUCUCUGGCUGGUGUCCACAUCAACACACCCCUCCCAGGCAGCGACGAGGAGACCCCUCCCGCUGCCAGCAACGAGGACUUUGAGCCACUGCUGCAGGACAGUAUUGUUUGAUGGAAAGGUGGACCGACCACAGAGGGUGGGGCUUACAUAAUAGUUUGAUUGAUUGGUAUUUUGUAACAAAGAUAAAGACAGUUUCUUUGCUGCAGGGCAGAACUUAGUGUAUUUUUUUUGUCAGAAGAUUGCGAUUGACAGCAACAAGUUUCCUUGUCAGUAGGUGGUUCUGACAUGUUACUUCAGCUACCGGGGGAGAAGGCAGUAACAUAUUGUGAGUUACAAAUAUGAAUGUUUCUUUCACAAGGAUGCAGGAGCAAAGACCUGGAAUAAGAUAUCAUCGUGAUUUGACAGAAGAGACCAAGAUGAUUAUUUGACUGCCAGAAUGAUGGUGGGGCCAACACAGUUUAAAGGGAAACCAUUGUUUGAUUGAUGGGAGGAGGGACUAACUGUGUUUUUUUAUGGAAUGGGUGUGUCCAGGUUUGGAUACACCCACAUACAAUCACCUGAAGGAAAAGAGUGAAGGGUAUUUUUGAAGUUUUUAAUGGAAGGAUUAUAGUUUAUCUUUAUGCUUGAAAUUUUUGAUUGAUUUUGUGGUAAACAAGAUAACUAACCUGCAACAUUUACAGCAGGCAAAACAUUAGUGUUGAAAAAUGUAAAGAAGUUUUUCAUUUUUUGGCAAAGUUAAGGCAAACUUUAUUCCUUUUCAGUUUACAGUAUCUUACCUGCUACAAGCUAUCAAUCGCUUAUAAGGAAUGAAUGUGACAAGCUGAGUGAUGAGUCAGCCACCUGAAAUCCAAUAUGUCAAAAAUAUGAUUGAAAUAGUUACUUUCAAGGCCAAGUUUCCACUUUAAUUUUAAUUUCUCUAAAUUAAGUUAUUUGAAAGUUGUCAAAACAACAAUACCCCUUACUGGAUAGUUUCUGCUCGUAAUUCACUAGUUAUUGUCCCCGUUUAUCAUUCUACCUCAGAUCAGCGUGUUUUUAAAUCACACUCAUCCUCUAUUCUCUCAACUUCUAUAACGUUUGUUUUAUAUCAAAGUCACUUUAUGAAUGCUGCUGGCAGUGGGAAGGCCUCAGAGCCGCAACUUUAUCUUUAGAGCUCCCAGCAUCAACAAUGCUGAAACCAUAUUUUGUUAUGGUAACUGCAACUUUAGCUUUAGCAGUCCAAGCACAUCAACAGUGUUGGUACUAUAUUGUUUAUGGUUACAGUAUUGCUCUUAUUUAAAUUGUUUAAUUUCAGUUAAAAAUGGUUUGCUAGCCCAACUUGUCCAAUAUAGAAAAACACUUUCAAUAAAUGUAGAUUCUUAGAUUUAGUGCCAACAGUUGUUUUCACACUUUAGGUGUUUUUUACCUUUGUCAAAAAAGAGUUGAUGCUCUAAUUGUGCUAUGCCGAAUAAGUCCUGAUGCAGCGAACAUUUACCUUACAACUGUUUCAGCUGUCGGCAUCUUUCCGGAUUUUCCCAUAAUGUGUCUUCAUCCCCAGACAGCAUGAAACAUGGCUAAUAUUAGCUGACAUGAAAGAACAAUGAAAACUUAAAAGUGAACCAAUAUCUUGAAACAUUUUUCCAUUUUACUCUCAUAGAUGGGUUACAUGACCAUGGUGACUUGCUUCUAUGCUGUUACUGGUGGAUUUCAGCCAUGUGUAGCCAACAAGUUGACAGAAACGCUCCUAAAUUGUAUUUCUUUUGCAAAAUUGCAAAGGUUUGCUUAAAAUUGGAUUAGCAGUUGAAUGUCAACAACAGCUAGUGACUGGAACUGGAUACUUUUUCCUACUUUUUUAGGAUUCUUUAGAUAUCACACAUGUUGGUGUAUUGGUUCUAAUUGGACAACGGGUGGCACUGUCAUACUUUUUUUAAUAUAAAAUGAUAAUAUUUAGUUACCAUGGAUUUUCAAAAUUACACCAAAUGUGGUAUGCACAUCCUGUAUUUUCCACACCAUAUUUGGUGGCCAUAUGACACAAUGUAGCGCGUAGCACACCAGUUCGUUGUUUAAAAUGCCACCAUAUAUAGUUUGCACAACUUGUACAUUCUUUUACCAUCAUAACUUGUUAUAUUACAUAUUACUCAGCCUCAUGGUGUCAUUGUGCCAUCUAGUGCGUUUCUAGAAUGUAGGUUUAGAAAUGCUACUAGUUGGCAGCAUUACAAAAAAAGGGUCGGUGGGCCUUCGAUUUUAAAUCGGGCAGAGUGCUUGGACCCCAUUAACUUUCUUGCAAAGCUUUUAUGUGAGAUCAGUUUGUCAUUGUUGUGGUGAGGGUGUCUCAUAACCCACUGUUCUAUAGUGUAUGAUUUUGAACACAUGGAGGUCAGCUGGACUGGUAUUUGAAUUUGAUUUUCUAAAAGCGUGUUGCAGAUAUGAGGUUUUUCCCUGACAGCAGUGAUAUUUCUGUGAAUGAACAUAUACUUGAAGCAUCAGAGAUAUAUUUCACAAAAGCUUUAGAGAAGAUUAAGGAACAGUUUGGCAGUAAAUAACUGACAGUGUGUACAUGGGUAUUUUCUUCAUAAGCUUAAAAUGUAAAUGUGAAUGAUAUUAUGGUUUGUAUAUAACUGAUGUACAAUGGGAUUGGCUUGUUUGUUGUGGCUCAAUGGCACUAACACUGGAUUGGGGGUUAAUUCCCUUUGUGCAGGUAAACAGUUAUAUAAGACCAACAGUCAGAUUAGAUAACAAAACAAAAAAUAAAUUUCCCCUUUCUGUUAUUCACACCUGAGUAUGAUUACAUGUAAAUGGGCUGUAUUUAUUUAGUGCUUUUCUAGUUUUAACAACUCAGAGCACUACAAUGUGCCGCUUGCUUAUCAGAUAAACAUUCACACACCCAUGACACAGCAUAGGGGGAAAUUUGGGGUUCAGUGUCUUGUCCAAGGACACUUCAACAUGGGACUGCAGGGCCAGGAAUCGAACCACCAACCUUCCGAUUGGUUCUGACCGCUCUACUGCCACAGACAUGCACACCAGUUUCCCAGUAAUUUUAUUUUAAUCUUUGGUCAUAGUCAAUGUAUUUACAUGUUGACGAUGAUGACGAUGAUGAUAAUGAUGAUGAAACAAAAAGAAAAUGCUCAUUCAAAUCUUUGUAACUUAUCUACUUUUUAAAUCACAUUUGAAAGGUGCUAGAUUAGAUCAACGUAUCUGCAAUUUGACAGAUCUGCUUUUUAAUAAUUUCUUCAAUCAAAUGUCAUCUGUUUUAGCAUUAAUGACUGUCCUUUUGCUGCCAUUAUCAUUUAAGAUUUAAAACUUUUUCAUAUGUAAACCAGUUUCUUUUGAAAUAUAUAUCAUGAUUUAGGCCUCUGAAAACCAGGAUGAGUGAUAAUCCAGGAUUUUUCAGCCAAGAUAUGAUGUUUGUAUCAGUAUAGACUCAAACACAGAUCAUAAGUAGGAUAUUAGUGUGCAUCUUAACACUCACAGUUAUUUAAUUAAAAACUGCACUCUCAGUCCAGGAGUAGUGAAACUGACUCAACAGUGUAAAUAUUGUACAUAAAUUGGAUGUGUGUACAUGUGAAGAAAUUAAUUGUAUAUGGAAUUCACUGUAAGUACACUUUGUCCGUUGUCUUGUCUGGAAAUGUACCAGCCAGUUGUUGGUUAUUGGAAAUUAAAACAUUUGGCAUCCGU